AUGAGCGACGGCGCGGCAUCCGCGUCGAAGCCGCGUUCCGUGCACGUGCCGAAGCUGCGCAAGGGGAAGGGCCCCUCCGCGGCGCUCCCCGUGUUCGGCUCGUGGAACGCUCCGCAGCCCCCGCCGAAUUUCAACAAGGGCUCGUCGGCGGAAAACGCGGCGGCGCAGGCGGCGGCGGCGGCGAUCCGCGCGGCGACCGCGGGCGCGGGCGGGGACGGGCAGCCAAAAUUCACGGAGGUGUUUCGCGCGAAAGGGGAGCAGCGCGGGAACGGGCAGUGCGCGUGGCCUGAGUACGACGCGAUUCUGGCGAAGCAGACGAUGAUGCACGAUAGGCUGCGCGCCGAGCAGAUGCUGACUCAGCAGCAGCAGAUGAUGACUCACCACCGGCAAUCAAGCAAGCGCUGUUACUUGCCCCGUUAUCUUCCUCCCCACCAUCCCUCCGCGUCUCCAUCCUUCCCCCCUUCCAACCCCCUUCCGCCCCCAUUCUGCUUCCGCCUUACCGCUCGCCCUUCCAGCAACCCUCACCCGUCUUCUCCUCUCGUUCUUACCCGCCUCCUUACCCCCUUUCUCUCCCCCAUCCCCCUCCCUUCCCUCCCCCACCCUUUCCCCUUGCGUUCUACCCAGAACUCCCUGGUUUCCCCACAGACUUCUGACUCCUCGUUCCCCCAGUCCUUCCCCCAGCCCUUCCCCAGCGUCACUUCUUCCCCCGACCCCUACGCCUUCCCCCCAUCCGCCUCCCUUCCGCUGCCCCCAUCCUCUGCCCCCGCGCCCCCGCCCUUCUUCCCCUCCUCCUCCUCUCUCCCCCAGCCCAGUACUGCCGCGCAGCCCCCCCCACCAUCCCCCCCAGCGGCUCUCGUUCCGCCUAUCGUCCUCCCCCCGCCUUCCGCCACCUCUGCCCCUUCCGACUCCGCCCCACCCCCUCCCUUUCUCGCGCCUGUGCAAUCCGCACCGGUCCCUCCGCCCCCAUUCGUCAAGCCCUCUCCCCUUGCUGCGUCUGAACCACCACCGCUGCACCGUGCCUCUCCCCCUGCUGGUUCGGACUCCCCACCGCUACACUACGCCUCUCUGCCUGCUGCCAUGACUGCCCCUCCGCCUGCCCCUCCGCCUGCUGCUCCGUCUGCUGCUCCGCCUGCCCCGGCCCUUCCACCCGCCCCUGCGCGCGAGUAUGGGUACGAAUACGCGCCUGCCCCUGUGCCUUCGCCUGUCCCCGCGCCCGUGUUUGCUGCUGGUGCUGCCCCUUCGUACACAAGUGGUGGCGAGGGAGGGGUAGCAGCACCAGCAGGGGCGGAAGGGCAGGGAACGCACGGGGGACAGGGAGCGCAGGGAGCGGGAGAGGUGCUGCGGGGAACGGGGAAAGAGGAGUUUGGGGGGCACGGGCAUGGGGAGGGCAGUGUGGGGAUGGCAGGGCGAGGGUAUGUGUGGGGUGGGGAAACGGAGGGGUAUGGGAGUGGAUUGGAGGGGUAUGGUGGUGGAAUGGAGGGGUAUGGAGGGGGAAUGCAGGGGUACGGAGGGGGGAUGCAGGGGUAUGGAGGGGCGGGGAUGGUGGCGAUGAGUGCAGAGAUGGGGAUGGGAUUGGCUGUGGUGGAGGAAGGGGAAGAUGAGGGGCUGGAUAGCGAAAUGGCAGAGCAGAGUGAGGGGGGCGAGGUGGAGGGACAGAGGCAAGGGCAGGGGCAGGGGCAGGGGCAGGGGCAGGGGCAGGGGCAGGGGCAGGGGCAGGGGGAGGUAAAGAAGGGGUAUGAAGGGGAAAGGGAGGUGGGGGAAGAGUGGAGCAGGAAGGAGGAGGCCGUUGUGGGAGUGGGGGUUGAGCGAGUGGGAGGAGGAGAGAUUGGGAGUGAGGGAGAGGAGGGGGUGAAAGAGGAGGCCAGGGAUAAUUUCACUACCAGUGUCACAACCAGCGUUGCUACCGGUGUUGCCGCUGGUGUCUCUACCGGUGUUGCUACCGGUGUUGCUACUGGUGUUGCUACUGGUGUUGCUGCUGGGGAGGGGGCUGGGGAGGGAGAGGCAAAGGCAGCUGGGAGGGAGUACGAGCGGAGGUGGUGGGAGGAGGAAUCCGGGCAGGAGUCUGCAGUAGGCGGGGGGGAUGAGAGGGACGGCAUGGGGGGAGGCGGUGGGGACGGAGGCGCGGAGUGGGGUCGUGCCCAGUCAGGAGGGCAGUCAGGCAAUCAAUCCGGUGAAGCGGGUGCAGGAGGGGGUCUGUACAUGUUCAGCGGGCUGACAGGGAGUGACUAUACCGGGAGUGACUAUGCUGGCAGCGGCUGCUUUGUUGAUCCAGGGAACAACUCUGGUGGCCCCCUUGCGGCCACCGCUGCUGCUGCUGGUGCUGGUGCCUCUGCGUUUGCUGCAGCAGGGACGAGGCCAGCAGCAGGGGGAGGAGGAGGAGGAGAGGGGGGAGGUGUGGGAGGAGUGGGGUAUAUGAGUGGUCAACCUCCAGUAGCAGCUGGGGGCGAAGGGGGAGUGGGAGCCGGGGGGGUCAUGAGCGCGGGUGGGGAAGGAGCGAGCGGAGGGAGCGGCGGCGGCGGGUACACAGAGUUUUAUGAGGCGCAUAUGGCUGGCAGGAAGCAAGAGACUACCCUGGGUAGUGACUAUGGCCCUGCUGCUGCUGGGGCGGUGGUGGCAGGAGGGGGGGUGGCAGCAGGGGGAGUCGCAGCAGGAGCAGCAGGAGCAGGAGGAUCGGUAGCAGCGGAAGAGGAGGCGGCAUGGGCAGGCGGGGAGGCGAAGACGGGGGGGCAGGAAUCGUCAUGCGGGGCACUGGUGGAGAUGGUGAUGGCGCCGCCGUUUGUGGGCAUGGACUCUCCCACGUAUGUCAGGCGCGCUGGUAGCCUAUCCCGGUCUGCUGAGAUGCCACCAGCAGCAGCAGCAGCAGCAGGAGGAGGAGGAGGAGCAGCAGGAGGAGGAGACGGGUCAGGGGCUUUAGCUUUGGUUCAGAAGCCAGCUCGCAAGAAAGGAGGCUUCUGUAGCUGCUUUGGCAUUUGA